GCGGGACUUACUACGCAUAAGUUCGCUGAAGAUCUAGAACCUCUACCUUACAACCAAGAAGCGAGCAUAAAGAAAUCAAUUUGGUUUAAACUAGUCCGGGAAAACAUAUUGAAUAUCGGAUACCUGGGAUUUGGGCGGCGCGAAGGAGAUUACAAAUCUUACGUUUAUGUAAUUAAGAGAUAGAAAAUAACGUGAUUACGGCUGUUUCAGUUGGUUUACUUCGGCUUUAGUGAAGAAUUACUAUGAUUACUUACGCAAAAUGCCAUAAUAUAGCUCCUGCAAACCUUUCAAUACUCAACUGCUACCGAUGAAGUUAAGGAUAAUCAUGUGCACAUUCUUAUGAGAACGGGUUAACCACCAGCGACAUGCUUUGAUGUACUUAUGAAGACAAAUUUAAACUCAGUAGCAAUCCUUAUUGUCUGAAGGGAUGGGGAGAAGCCCAGCGACAACAAUAACAAGGAAUGAAGAGAGAGGAGUGAAAUCAGACAAAGUGACUCCCAACGUUUGUAUGUUGAAUGAAACUGUGCAGCAAACUGCCGUAGUUGUGGCAUCAACUGUCCAAGAAGCGCUGAAUCACUUCUUCACAAAAUGUACCUUUCGGAGAGAUUCAUAUCAGGUUGAGAAAAUGGUCAAUUGAAGAAACGAAUAAAACGUUCGUUUUCUAAUCCCUUUGACGUUUAUCAUGAUUAUUAUCUUUGCAUCUUUUUUAAUAGUUUACUUCCUUUCGUUGAUUUUUUAAGGAAAAUUAGAGUUUUUUAUUAUUAUUGUUAUUUUUAUUACUAUUACUAUUUUUAUUUAUUGUUUAUCGCGUCCUCAUCCCUUUCAUCGAGUUCGCUUUUAAGAAGAAUAAGACUAUUAGAUUAUGUUGUAUUAAUAUGAUACUGAUAAU